AUGAACCACUUUAUCAUCGCGGCCAUCUUGUUAUGCGCUGCAGGAAACCUGCACGCUCAGACACGUUCCGCAGUAGACGUCGCCGUCGAUGCUUACCACUCCUGCCUGAAGAAUCUGGAUAUCAGCUGCGUUAAACCAAAGGCACUAGGAUGGAUGACAGCCGUUUCAAAUGAUGAUGUGAUCAACAUUACUGACGAUUUAGUAGUUGUCAGAAAAGAUGGUGCACAGUCUGAAGAACAACGUGGAUCAGCUGACAUUUUCGACUCCUUUGAGGACUUCUUACAGUCGCACACUCUUGUAGCCAAAGUACCUCAAAUCCUCCGCGCUGAUGGACCACUUGGAUCCUUAGUACCACGUUCCUUCCAAGCUGAAGAUCUGUCUGUUCCUCUUGCUGCCACUGGUAGGUCCAAAGUAGUAAAGAAGAUUAUUGUUCCGUUCCUUCUGGGAUUGAAGUUCAAAACGGCAGUGUUGGUACCUCUUGCAUUGGCUUUGAUUGCAUUGAAGACAUGGAAGGCUCUGACAUUGGGUCUUCUCUCAAUGGUUCUCACCGCCGCGAUGGUCAUCUUCAAGUUUACCAAACCCAAGGUUGUUAACUACGAAGUCAUCCACUACCCACACCACAUUGACCAUCACGAUCAUCACUUUGAUCAUGUUGAACAUCAUGUUGAUCAUGCUCCAGUUGCCACCGGUUGGGACCAUGGUUAUGGGCGUGAAAUGGACGCACAAAACAUCGCGUACAAUGCUUAUGCUCAAGCUUAA